AUGGAUAAUGUGGAGAAGUUCAUACGUACAAUUGACGAUGCUUUUGAAUUGACUCAGAUAGUUAACACGAAUAACUCGGAGAUGAGGGCAAUCUUAUCAGCUGUGAGGCGUAAUCAGGCCAACUUUGUGUUCACCAACGGACCCAAUGAUCCCAUCCUCCAGAUUGCCAAUAAGGUACUGAUCGGCAGGCACUUCAAUCUACUGAUCAUCAUUAUAAUGGACAAAGUGAGCGAUAUGGAACCGAUGUAUGACAUAUGUCGCUUCCUCAACCGCUAUCAGUACGAGAAUUCCCUACUAUAUUUCGAGUCUGUCGAUGGGAUCAAUCAAUUGUUUGGCGCCAGCGAAUAUCCACAGAUGACGAUCGAAAAUCGCACAGAUCUGCGAAAGUUUAUGCAGAAGAAAAUGAAAGAGAUUUUAAAUCUUAGCAAGAAUGUGGGUGGAUACCAGUUUGCGACACCAUUGCGAGAGGAUGUACCACAUUUAUUUCGUGUGGGAGAACGUUAUGAGGGAAGCACUUAUCGCAUCAUCAACACCUUUGUCAAGCAUAUCAAUGGCAGAUUUAAGGAGUGGGAAUUACCACAAGAUGCACUGGGUGGAAGGGCUGUCAACAUGAAGCAGACACUCCAACUGGUAAGGGAGCGACAAAUUCAGUUCUCAGCCCAUGCCUACGCCUUGUUUAUGCCUGACGAUGAGCUGGAGAAGAGCUAUCCACUGUUGGUGGUCCGCUGGUGUCUGAUGGUGCCACUGUAUAAUAGUGUCUCCACCUAUUUCUAUGCACUGCAACCGUUCGAUUGGACUGUUUGGUUCUUUGUGCUGGGCACCUUUGUACUCUUGAGUUUGCUGGAGCUGCUCUGGCUGUGCUUGGGUUCGGCGAAUGCGGCUGAGGGACCCACUGUCGCCCUGCUCAACUCCUAUUGUUAUAUAAUCAAUAUAUCCACUGGACGGCAGUUGUUACACAAGCCGUCUGUCAUUCGCUUCUUGCUGCUGUUUGCCGUAUUCUUUCAUGGCUUCUUUUUGUCGGCCAAUUAUACAUCGACUUUGGGCAGCAUUCUAACCGUCAAUCUUUUCCAUGCUCAACUUAAUACUAUGGACGACAUUAUAAUCGCCCAGCUUCCAGUCAUGAUCAUCGACUAUGAGCUGGAGUUUCUGUUGCAAGCACACACCGAGCUGCCAGUGGAGUUCAGUAAACUGUUGCGACCUGUGGAUAGUGGAAUUUUUGCUCAACAUCAAUUGAGCUUCAAUAGCUCCUUUGCGUACUUUGUCACCGAGGAUACCUGGCAGUUUUUGGAUGGCCAGCAGCAGCAUCUGAAGCAGCGCCAGUUCAAGAUGAGCGACAUUUGCUUCGGCUCCUAUCACCUGGCAUACCCCAUGCAGAAGGAUUCAUCGCUGUGGCGUGAUCUGGAAUACUUUACGUUCCGGGUGCACUCGUCCGGACUGCUUUACUACUACGCCCGGAUCAGCCUUGAGUCUGCUAUGCAUGCGGGAUUAGUGCAACGAUUGCAGGAGAACAAGGAUUUCGAAUCGGCGGGUCUCCAGCAUUUGGCUAUUGCAUUCUUUUUCCUUGUGACAAUGUCAGCAAUUGCAGCUAUCGUUUUUGCUUUGGAAGUGUUUCUAGCACGCAACUCGAGAAAUUAA